UGUGCUAACGACCACUUGCUAGUCAUAUUUUUUUCCCUUUUCGAAGUUAUUGAUAUUAUUGCUUGACUCAUGUGUCAGGUGAAAAUACAAAACGGACAUAGGCGUAACAUGAAAAGCAACCGCUAGUGGAAAAGAAAGAUACUUUUCAGAAACUGCAGGAUCCACUAUGGCAAAUGACGUAUGUAGCCACGUUAAGGUGGUUGUCAGGGUGAGGCCAACCAACGACAAUGAGAAGCGGGAAAACUUUCGGAAUGUGGUCCAGGUGGUUGACAACCAUAUGCUGAUAUUUGACCCAAAGGAAGAGGACCUGUCCUGUUUUGGGGCACGAAGAGUUCGGAACAGAAAUAUCAACAAAAGGGCCAACAAAGACUUAAAGUUUGUUUUUGACCGAGUCUUUGAUGAGAACUCUACGCAAGUGGAAGUUUUUGAAAGUACCACUAAAGGAGCGUUGGAUGGAGUAAUGAAUGGCUUCAACUGCACAGUGUUUGCUUACGGUGCAACUGGAGCAGGUAAAACACACACCAUGUUGGGGUCACCAAAUGAUCCGGGGGUCAUGUAUCGGACAAUGACGGAGCUGUUCAAACGCAUGGAUGAUGUCAAGGAUGAAAAAGAGUUUGCUGUUGCUUUCUCAUACCUUGAGGUUUACAAUGAACAAAUCAGAGACCUGUUGGCUAAUUCUGGCCCUCUUAAUGUCAGAGAGGACGGCUCCAAAGGAGUCGUUGUUCAAGGGCUUACACUGCAUAAGCCCAAAUCAGCAGAGCACAUUCUUGAAGCUUUGGAUUCGGGUAAUCGAAACAGGACGCAGCAUCCCACCGAUAUGAACGCCACCUCUUCACGGUCCCAUGCUGUAUUUCAGAUAUAUUUGAGACAGCAGGACAAAACUGCAAGUCUCAAUCAAAACGUCUGCAUUGCUAAAAUGAGCCUGAUUGAUCUUGCCGGCUCCGAAAGAGCAAGUGCCACUAACGCCAAAGGGGCUCGUCUACGAGAAGGUGCAAACAUAAACCGCUCCCUCCUGGCACUUGGAAAUGUUAUCAAUGCUCUCGCUGACCCAAAGAGUAAAAAGGCUCAUAUACCAUACAGAGACAGCAAACUGACAAGGAUCCUGAAAGACUCAUUAGGGGGCAACUGCAGGACGGUUAUGAUCGCCAACGUUAGCCCCUCAUCUAAAUCAUACGAUGAUACCCACAACACACUGAAAUAUGCCAACAGGGCCAAGGAGAUUAAGUCCUCGGUCAAGAGCAACGUUGUAAGCCUGGAUAGCCACAUUGGUCAAUAUGCUGUGAUAUGUGAGAAGCAACGGAAAGAGAUUUUACAGUUAAAACAAAAACUCAAAGAAUAUGAGGCAAAGAGAGAAGAGCCUGGGCCUCUCAGCUUGAUCUCUUCUCAGAAACUGGCCGAGCUGAAAAGGGUGUCAGAAACUCUGCAGCAGAUCUUCUCUAGCCGGGGCCAAAUCAGGCGAGAGCAGCUGGAUCUGGAGAGACAACUGAAGGAGAAUGAGCUGCGCCAGCGCUACAGCGAGGAGGACAACCUGCAGGUCCAAUAUUUCUGUGCCAAAGACAAGACGGAGAAGGCCACCUGCAAGCAUGAGCGGAAGAUUGCCAGCUUACGCACUCAGCAGAAACACAUAUGCCAACGUCUGAAGGAGGCAGAGGGGCGCUUCCUGGAAAACGAUGGCUUGCUCCAUCGACUUGAGAACGAGAUGAAGCUGCUGAAGACAAAUGAUCAGACUUCAGAGGUGUUAGAAAAGGACUUGCGUUGCCACAGACUGGAGCUGCAGGUAAAUGAUCUCCAACAACACGUCAAGCAAAUGGUCCAGCUCACUUUGCUGCAGGAUCAGGAGAACAAGAGAGUGCACAAAAUGGUGAACAUCUUGCUGCCAGCUUUCAGUCGCCACUAUGCCCUAUUGCAUGAAAAGGGGCUGGCCACAGAAAAAGAUGAGAUGGAUAACCAUGAAUUGGAGCCCCUUGUGUUGAGGGAGAGAGGUGUGGUCUGGGCUGACCAGGAGGGGCUGGAACAGCAGCGGAAAGGUGAAAGGAAUUUGGAGUCGCAGGAGACAAAUGAGGCAGAAAGCGCCGGGCUCCGCAGCGAGUUGGCACCUAUCCUGACUUUCUCUCAUCUGCAAUACCACCAAAGUAGCCCCUGCAGUGCAGAGAGACGCUCCAAAAGAACCUCAUUGUGCAUCGGUGCUCUGUCACCUACAGACGGAGGAAAACAGUCAGAUUCGACACAGGACCGACCACCCCGAAUGCCCAUCAGGAGGAAUCUGUCUGCACAGCUCCCUCCGCAGAGCCCGGGGUGCGCCACCAAGUCCCAGGCGUUUGAGGACGACAUGUUCCCACUUCAGUGCACUCCCGAGCCCGUCCCAAAAACAGUUCCCGCUCAGCCCUCGAGCUCCCACAGCAGCAUGGACCCUAACAUGACCUUCGAGAUUCCAGAGAACGAUGAAGCUGCAAGCAAUGUAACCAUUACAAUAAACUGUCCUAGUCCAUUUCAAGCACCCAAGUCCACAGUCUUCUCUGGACCCGGCCAAACAUGGAACUUUCCAAGAGUCACUGAAGGGAACCCGAUGACUUCUAAAAGUCGGCAGCAAAUCCCACCUUUGCAAGAUGUGAAACGAGCCAAACCAACCUACAUGGAAAUGACGUCUGCAGCACAAGGGAAACGCAAAUUUAACCGUCUCAGAGACGACUUAACUCAUGGCCUAUCAGCUCCGAAGCGAAUAAAAAAAGACACCUCUGCUGCCCAGAGGCCGCUCAGGGUGAGCCGAUGUGCCGGAUCAGAGAACAGACCCCGCAGAGUGGUGAGGAGCAUUUCUGAAGGAAACCUCAACCUUCUGGAACCUCCAAAGUCCAGAUCCCUCUUCUAUAAAACGUCCCAGCAGUUCAAAAGGGUCACCAAGCGGAUGUGAAGCAGCACUCCCUGAUUUCUUCUGACUUUUACUCCUUUCAAGUAGAAGCAGUCGUCCACUGCAAAUGUGACAAAGAUGACACUUGACUUUACAUUGUUAUUUUAAUGCAUUUCUGCACUGAAAUUGUACUUGAUUUUAUGAUAACUGUACAUACAAGGUAAUAAUAAAGCAGUGGAUGUCGUAUGAAUGGCCUGUGAUUUAAAUGUUGUAUUUUAGUCCACCAUGUUUUCCAGGCAGCUAACAAACUGCACAGUUAUUAGCAUGGAGCUAUAGAUACUGCAUAUAAACUGCUUCUAGCCAAGUCUGUUUUUUUCUCUGCCAAAUAAACCAAUACUUUUUUAAACGUG